AUGACUGUCGUGAAGUAUGUCCAUUCUUCGCUCGACCGCGCCCAGAGGACAAUCCCAGCAACUGGACAGUUCACGGCAGGCAUGAUGGGAAACACUUAUGUGGACGGUUCGAUGUUAGCUGUAGAUCACGAAUUUGUCAGCAUAGAUAGGAAUAACCAUUUGUCUCUGACGGCAUUGACGCGGACAGAUGCUGACAAAUUCACAACGAGAGUCACAUCUGAUGGAAACCCUAAAGUAAUCGACAUUAUAGAUACAACUGGAUCUGGUGAUGUUGACACCAGUACAGUAGUUGAAGCAAAUGAUGGUGUCAUUACUGGAUCAACAGGAAGAACUUUAAAAAUUCCCGAAGCAUGGGCGAACCCUACUGGAAAGUACCACAUUGGUGUUAAGUAUGCAUUUGAUCUGUACCCAAAAACACUCAAAGAAAGACUUACAAAAGAGUAUAAGGAAAAGGUCUGGGACCCUGCUCAUAGACUUGCGUUGGCUGAUGCCAAUCGGAAAUUAGAAGCAUUUGAUACUGCCCAUGAAAACCAGACAUUGGAGUUUGCUGACAAAUUACAGAAAGAUGACCUGCAAGCACAACUGGAUGCUCUCACACAGCUCGAGAAAAAAUUAUCUUAUGGUGGCCCUGUUUACGACUGUGUCGUCUUUCAUGAUGGAAGCACAUAUAGGGCAUGUGUUGACACCAGUGAGACAGGCGAUCUCACAUCAUGUGCGCUCCUUGCCAACUAUAGAGAGGAGCUCAAAUUUUCUACACUAAGUGCUUCAGGAAUGAUGAACUACAGUGUUAAUAUAUACAACGAUGGCAACCUACUAGAAGUUGUGACUAAUUGUGGUUCGCACGGUACACACGUAGCCUGUAUCGCAGCUGGCUACUUCCCAGAUGAGCCUGAGAAGAAUGGUGUUGCUCCAGGAGCACAGGUGGUUGCCAUCAAGAUUGGCGACACUAGGCUAGGAUCUAUGGAAACUGGUACCAGCUUAGUGCGAGCUAUGAUCAAAGUCAUGGAGUUAAAAUGUGAUCUGGUGAACUUUAGUUAUGGAGAGACAGCAGCCUGGCAGAACUCGGGGCGCAUCUGUGAUAUAAUGAGUGAAGCCGUUCGAAAGUGUGGCGUAAUAUUUGUGUCGAGUGCAGGGAACAGCGGACCGGCCCUGUCCACGAUCGGAACACCAGGAGGAACGACAUCGGCUAUCAUAGGUGUUGGAGCUUACGUAUCGCCGGAAAUGAUGGCUGCUGAGUAUUCGCUCCGUGAAAAGCUCCCUGGAAAUCAUUACACGUGGUCGUCGAGGGGACCGUCUCCGGACGGUCACCUGGGCGUGUGCAUCUCAGCCCCUGGUGGCGCGAUUGCCUCCGUUCCAAACUGGACCUUGCGCGGUUCCCAGCUGAUGAAUGGCACAUCCAUGAGCUCUCCGAAUGCCUGCGGUGGAAUCGCUUUGGUGCUGUCAGCAUUGAAGGCUAGAGGUGUGAAGUAUUCUCCGUACAGCAUACGUCGUGCUGUGGAGAACUCUGCUGUCAUCCUGCCGAAUGUGGAGGUGUUUUCUCAGGGCCAUGGUCUCCUGCAGGUCGAGAAAGCGUUCAAUCACUGCGUGGAGCAUGCAGACUUGCUUGAACGUGACAUGAACUUCUCGGUUAUGUGCAGUGAUGGCCGAGGCAUCUACCUGAGAGAUCUCGUUGCGGUCAGCAAACCACUAGAGACCGUUGUCAGCAUAGAGCCCACAUAUUUUGACCUGAACUCAGUUGAUGCCCGCGAUAAGAUCUCAUUCUGUAUGAGAUUGAAUUUGAUUUGCAACGCGACCUGGGUGAGCGCUCCGUCUCAUCUGCAGCUGAUGAACAUGACAAGGAUGUUCACAGUAAAGAUAGAUCCCACAGGGCUAGACAUCGGUGUUCACUAUACAGAGAUUCAAGGGUAUGACAUCAGUAAUCCAAGCAAAGGACCUGUAUUCAGAGUUCCUGUGACAGUUAUUAUACCGAUGAGGGUUGUGGAUGACAGCAGGCAUCGGCUGGAAUUCGAGGAACAGAACUUUAAGCCAGGCCAGAUCAGGAGACAUUUCAUUUACGUGCCAGAUGGAGCCACUUGGGCAGUGCUGAGGAUGCGCGUGCGCGACAAGGACAAGUCGUCGCGGUUCGUCUUGCACGCCGUGCAGCUGGCGCCACAGACGACGCACAAGGACAACGAGUUCUACAAGUUCGUCAACCUGUCCGACCUCGGCGAGACGACGCAGAGCUUCAACGUUCGGGGCGGUUCUACGCUGGAGCUGUGCAUCUCGAAGUGGUGGGCCAGCAUCGGUUGCGUAGAGGUCGACUACACUCUCUCGUUCUCGGGCCUUCAGGUGGCGUCUCGGGAGAUCAACAUGAAGAAGCGGAGUUUCAUCCAGCAUGCAGCCGAAGGAAUCGCGCGCAUAGAUGUGCGCUCAACGCUGAAGUACGAAGAAAUUUCUCCCAGCAUUGUGUUGAAAACCCUGGUGCAGGUAUUACGGCCAACUGAGAGCAAAUGGCACGCAUUGAGCUCCAGGGACUUGCUACCAGAAGGAAGACAGAUUUAUGAAUAUGUGCUGACAUAUCAAUUUCACCUGAGCAAGAAUGGAGAAGUCACCCCUACAUGUCCUUGGCUCAGUGACCUGCUGUAUGAGUCCGAGUAUGAAGCACAACUAUGGAUGCUUUUCGAUGGCAACAAGGAGCUGGUUGCUAGUGGUGAUGCUUUUCCUCAUCAGUACACCACCAAGAUUGAUAAGGGCGAUUACACCCUAAAAAUGCACGUACGGCAUGAUCGGAAAGAAUUGCUAGAAAAAAUAAAAGACACUUCCAUGCUGAUAUAUCACAAGCUCACUGGCAACAGCAACAGUCUGUCGCUGGACGUUUACUCAAACCUCGCGAACGCCAUGUCGUAUGGCAAGAAGUUUGGCACGUACAACUGCCCGCGCUGUGUCGUCUGCCCGAUCUUCGUCGCUCCACUAGCCGAGGAAAAAGUCCCUAAGGCUGCAGUGCCAGGCAACUAUCUGCUUGGUACCAUCACAUUCCCAAAGGAUGAACUGGGCAAGAAAGCGAACACCUAUCCAUAUAAGUACAUCUUGGCCGAGCCAGCAAAGAAGCCCUCAAAGUCGGCAUUGGCCGAGAAGGAGAAAAACAAGGAUAAGAAUAAGGAGGAGGAGUUCCAGGAGGCACUCAGAGAUCUGAAGAUCAGCUGGUUGUCAAAGCUCGAUAGCGAGGCCCUCUACAGCGACCUGCGCGAGACGCACGAUGCACAUCUACCCCUGCACGUCGCCUGGCUGCUGUCACUCGACAGCGAGAAGGAGAGGGGCAAGCGGCUAGCAGGCAGGUGGUCGAGCAGCAGAGCUGGUGGCUCGGUCCAAGCCUGGACCAGCAGCGAGAUGGACAAGCAAAAGGUGGCGCUACUGGAGGCACUGUCGCGCCUGGGCAGUGCUAAGGCUGAUUUGCUUACGGAAGCCACCCCAGCAGAAGAAAGGGUUGCAACGGUGGCAGCACUGGAUAUCAUCUACAAGGAUUUGUUAAAGCUAGCAGAUGUAAACGAUCAGAAGGUGGCACCAUUUGCCAUUCGCCAUGCAAUGGUCAACCAGCAUUAUGGGAGAGCCUUGAAAUUAUUACUUCGACAGCUGGAUGAGAAAGCAACGAAGGAGAAUGAAUAUAAAGUCAUCGAGAUCUUCGAGAAACUAGGAUGGCAGCACUGUGCAACACACUGUGAAAACAACAUUUACUCAAAAUAUCCGGCCAGCUAUCGGGGAUUCUGAGGCAGCCACUAUAAUAGGCAGUGUGCAUUCAUCCUUGGCUUGCUUUCCGAGGCCCCGUUAGUAUAAGAAAAUAGCAUGCAAACAAAGCGCACUCACACAUACGAACAUGUAAAUGAUUAUAUAUAGCUAUCACGGAAAUAUACAUUAGAUUAAGAGCUAA